AUGGAUACAAUAGAACCGGUCAAGAAAGCCCAGAGGCGCCUCUCCUUUAAGCCGGGCAAGGCUCUGAGGUCUCUGAGCAUCAGCUCCACCAUCUCCAGCUCCUCCGAGACCGAAGUCUCCUCCCCGCAGAAGCGGCGGAACACGCUGCGGAAAAGCCUCCCAUCCGAUUAUCUCAAAGACUAUCUCGAGAGGCAACCGUCAAACAAGUCCACUGCCUCGGAGAAUGUGGAUCGUAAUUCCAGCUCGACCGUCCCGACAACACCGUCACCCAAGAGUAGCACGACGACAAGCCUGCUAGGUGACAAUGGCGGUAUCUUGCGAUACGGGCCAUUGCAACCCGAGACCUCCAUCCUGAAGGCGAAGAAGGAGUACGCUGUCUUGACACCGGCUGCCCUGCUCAAGUUCAAGUCUCACCAAGCCGCCGUUGAUCACUUCCCAUUCAUUGCGAACCCGGAUUACCACACCGGCGCCGACAUAUCGACGUUAUCCCACAUUCGAGAUCCGCGGAGUGCAGCAGAUACCACGGUCCCACUCGAACAUAUUGUCUCCGUCUUCAAAGACGAGGGAACCCGCCCAUCCUUUGGUCUUGAAGUCUGGUGGAGAGAGCCAACCAGCUCGUCGACAUUCACGUGCUUGGAGCUUGACUUCAGCCAGCCGGACGAUCGCGACGAGUGGUUGAAGCAGAUCAGAUCUGCCAUGAAGCAGCGAAGCAAGGCCUUGCUAGAUGAGCAACCGCCGACGCAUGUGGAAUUCGUCUUUACACAAAUCAUCCAGGCCAAACACAAAGAGCUCAAGAAUAGCCACAUCGAGAUAUAUCCCGUCGUGCCCCGACGGCCGUACACCAGAAUACGGUCGACUUCUGGUGAGGUCAAGAAAGGCUGGAGGGAUGGAUGUUCCUUUUAUCUCGCAUUCAGCAAGAAUCUUUGCAUGAUUGCGCAGUUCACGAAAUCGCCCACUGGCCAGCCUGUCAAUCCCAACAUCGUACAGUUCGGCCUGGUGACGCUGUCUAGGGUGAAUGCCAGUUCACACGAUGAGAGGUUUGAUCUCAUUUUUCGAUUGCCCUUGGACAAGCCAACCAAACUCCAGCUGUCAAGUCGUCAUCACCGCACCAUAACCACCAAACUCCUCAAAGCGGACACAUACCUCAAGCCUGCGUGGCCAUUCUGGACUCGUCGCGAGAUCUUCAUCAUUGAUGGCGAUUCGCAGCAAAUUCACGUGCCUGAGGGCGAAGACUAUGGCGGCUUCCGCAGAACUCUUGAUGCCUUCAUUGAGGGAUAUCAUUGUUCCCCGGUAAACUGGACCGUGGUCUGGAAGAACGUUCGGCAUGCCCCUGAGUUCCGCCUCCUUCCCCCAACGAAGGCGCCCCAGUACAGCCCGCACCAGCUUUUGGCCGUUUUCCGUGCUCUGCGUUUCAACGACUACUUUAAGUCCUUGUCUUUCCACAAGAUUGAUCUCUCACCCUUGGCGGGGCAGUACGACAACGCGUCACGUUAUGAGUCUACCGUCUGGGUGUCACGAACUGGAAAACGCAGUCUGACCCCCGGCGAGUACGAACUUACAGAGACAGCAUCUGUCCUAUUCCAGGAGUUGAUAGCUUUGCUUCUCGGCUCGGAGUCAGUUCGCCACAUUGACUUGACUGGGGCAUUGAACAAGAGAUGGACUCAGCAGAUCAUGGCACAGGAACCUGAGGAGACUCGGUCGUGCGAGAUUUUACCGCCUAUUGUCUUACUGUGGAAGUCUUGCCAAACUCGAUGCAACUCCGUAAAUAUCAGCGACAACCCCCUUGGUAGCCCAGAUGUGGCUGGUCUUUCACGCAACCUACAAAACAGGCCGGAUUUCCUGCGAUCUUUCGCCUGUGCUCGUUGUGACUUGGACGAAAAUGCCCUCAAUACUCUGUGGGAGGGUCUACAUGAGCACACUUCAUCGCUCGAAGGCCUCGACGUGUCCAACAACCCCGGUCGACUCCAAGCGCAGAAGGUAGCGCACUUGUUGAAUGAUGCGCGACGGUUGAAGCGCAUCAAUUUAGCCAACACGGUAAAGGGGGACCUGGACGGGCCGUUGUUCAGGCCGUGGGAUGCUGCAACAUAUGAGCCAUGGAAGCUGGAAGAGAUCAACAUAUCUGGCUGGAAGAUGAACUUUGACACUGUCACGGCAAUUUCCAAAUAUCUUGAGCUGGACACGAUGCACUCCUUGCGAAUUCUCAACUUGACCAACUGCGGCCUCACAGGAGACAUGGCAACAACAAUUCUAUGCCGUGUAGUCGGAAACCACGACCUCCGCGUCUUGCUCAAUGGCAAUCCCCUUGAAGAUGAAUCGACCGACUGGAUCGAUCUCAUCCACGGCAAUGAGGCACCUAAGCGACUGCACUUGGACAUGAUCCAGUUUCAGCAGGAGCGAAACUUUCAUCGCCUUCUGAAGGCGCUGACACACAAUAAGACCAUCGAGUUCCUCAGUAUGGUAGGCACGGGCCCGCCCAGUCGCGCAGGCUCAAAGACCUCAGAGCUUCUAUACAGAUUCUUUGAGCAGAACGACACUUUGGAGUAUCUCGAUAUCUCUGGGUACAGCGGCAAGCUGGAGGACGGCCAUCUUGGAUGGGGCAUGUCUGGAGCACUGGGCGGUCUCAAGAACAACACGUGCCUGCGCCAGUUGCGUGUGCGCAAUCACGACAUUGGAGCUGCUGAGGACAUUACCGAGCUUUGUAGGGUUCUUGCUACUAACAAGAGUCUGGCCAUGGUCGACUGUCAGAACAACAACUUCAGCCGGCAGCACUUUGGCAAGAUUGCCAUCGCACUUGCUCUCAAUAAGCAGAUUGUCUCAUUUCCGCUGUCGAAUGCCGACCGCGACUAUGUCAUCCAGGAUGAAAAGGCGAAGUUCAUCAAAAGCUGUGGCAAGCUGGGUAAGAACGCUGCCCUGUCCAAAUCAAACGAGGUCCGCCUUGCAAACCUGAUCACCCUUGUCAAAUCGUCAUGGGAACAGGAGGCGAAGAAGAUUAUCGCGGCUGUCCAUGGCAAUCGAGACGAUCCAGUCAACUGGCCGCUGGACAUUGAGCUCGACUACAUUGAUCGCUGGGACGACCCCUCCCUUGCACUUUGGAUUGAAUCGAAGGGCGGAGUUGGCGAAAUCGUUAGAGGCACGAGCGAUUUUGACAGCAAAGGCAAGGUCCCCAGGCACCUGAGCCGCAACCUAGAUGCGACUCUGACGGACUGGCUGCCUCCUGUUGAGGAGUCAUCACUCGGCAACAACUACACGACUGGCUCGUUUAUGGCGUCCGAGCCGGUUCUCGGAACGUACACAAUCACUGAAGAGUCCACGUCUUCGAAAUACUCGUCGACCAGCUCUUUAGCAUUAGGAGGCUAUGCGCCUACACCACCGGAUGGAAGCGAUCGAUAUGCGUUACUGGCAAACUAA